AUGGCAACCUAUCCCUACCGCCCCCUAGAUCUCCCCAAUGAAACCCGCAUCCUCACCGUCCGACCCGGCAACUUCGAUGACGAAAUUAUAUGUAGCAUUUCACAUCUGAACCUCGACUCACCAGACGAGCCCUAUGAGGCUUUAAGCUACUGUUGGAGCAAGAGCAUUGACGCCGUCAAAGAAAUCGACCCCGACACUGACAUCCCUUGGGCCAUUCACGGCCAGGACGACGACGGCAACACGAUUUCCGAGUCUGGCACGUCCAAAUGGAAGGACCUCUGCGACCACCCCUACUACGGAGAGCAGUACAUACGCCUGGGCGGCCGCAUUCCUGACGCCCGCAUCGAAUGCGACGGCGUAGGGAUCGUCGUCGGUGGGGAACUAUUCCGCGCGCUGCGUAGAAUGCGAAGCAAAGAGGGCGGGGAGCCGCUUCGAAUCUGGGUUGAUGCGCUGUGCAUCAAUCAGCAAGAUCUCAAGGAACGGAACGAGCAUGUCAAAGUCAUGGGACGGGUGUAUGUUGGCGCCUCGAGAACGCGAGUGUGGUUGGGUGAGUCGACGGAGAUGGAUUUUCACGCAGUCCGGACGCUGUACGCGAUAUCGGAAAUAUUCGACGACAUUUUUGUUCAUCGCAAGGUUGUUGAUUUGGCGAGCGCGACGAUGCAUGAGAUUCAAUGGCACUUUCACAACAAUGCGGACACAAAUCGGCUUGAAUGGGGGCUCUUGGCUGAUUUGCUCAACCGCUCAUGGUUCAAACGUACCUGGAUCAUCCAAGAAGUUGUCAAUUCCCGCGAGGUUAUAGUCCAUCUCGGAGCUAUUCAGGUUCCCUGGCACUUCAUGGCAAUGGUCAUCCUCGCUAUGUCAGAAUUCAAACUGCAAACCAUGAUUAGCGAAUGCAAAGGUUUCAAAGCCAUUGGCUUCAUGGAACAGCUCCGGAAAGAGCGUGUUGACGAAGCGGCGACAUGCACCAGCACCCCGCUUCUUACUUUGCUGGAAGAGUUGAGAGACUUCCAAGCCACAAUCCCGAGUGACAAGAUUUACGGUGUGCUUGGACUCAUCGAUCAGAAGGGGGCCUAUGUUGUCGACUACGCUCAGACACCAGAACAGGUGUUCACUGACUUCGCGAUCAAGAACAUCAGGAAUGGGUCGCUGGACAUCCUCACGCAUUGCGUUGAUUCAUCGAAGCCGACAACUUUGAAGCUACCAUCUUGGGUGCCUGACUGGACCCGUCCCGGGUGGACUGAACCGCUUCGCAUUCGUGGGCUAGAGGCUUCCGCUGCCGGUGAUAGAAAGCCAAGCCUACACAUCGACGAGGACGCGGGCGUCUUGCAUAUCAAGGGCAGGAUCGUCGAUGUGGUGGCCAAGGUAGAAUGCAAGCGGCAAAUACCUGUGCCGAACCAGCAGGGCCCGUUGGGAGGCAUCGACGAAAACAAAGAAGUUGAAAAAGGCAGCGUAGACAAUGAACCCGAAACUAGCGGCUCGAAUGCGAUCAAAAUGGCAAAGUAUGGCGGCGCCAUACUCAAACGCGAGAGGGAAAACGAGAAGGAGGCGGGCGUGGGAGGUGGUAUACCCGGGAAUGAUACCAAGAGGUCCGGGAGCCCCAUCAAUGACGCCGAAUACAGACUCAAUGAGACAAUGGAAAAGAUGGUCAAACAUUCAGAGGAAUGGUACCGCGGCGUAAUCGACGUCGCCUUCCCAGACAAGACAGCCACCCCGGAGACGUGGGAGAACCUCUGGCGGACCUUCAUGUGCAACCGAACGCGGGACAAUAACGAGAGACCUGGCGAGGAUUGCGCGAUUGGUUUCGAGGUACACUACAAGACCGCCUUGGAACCGGGUAAAGGACUCGCUCGGGUUCUGCAGGAGCGGACGGACCACGAGAUCGAGUCACACGGGUUGGCGCCGCAGGAUGGGGUGGCGCAUUACAUGAAGGAGAAGGAGGCCGCAGAAAAAUUCAUUGGGGCGCAUACAAAGUGGACUUAUAAUCGAAGGUUCUUUCGCUCGAAGGAGGGCCGAUUCGGUUGGGCUAUUGAUGGGGUAAGAGAGGGUGACUUGGUUGUUGUGCUGUAUGGGUGUGACUAUCCCAUCAUUAUCCGUGAAGAUGAGCAGAAGAAAUCACGGAUUAUUGGCGAUUGUUAUAUCCAUGGGCUGAUGGAUGGUGAGCCCAUGGAGGAGAGUCUUGCGUUUGCGGAAACCGAGUUUGAGAUUGUGUAG